AUGUUCUCUCCUGCCAUAGGGAGAGUCGUCCGCUCGACCACGUCCCUCUCUGCAGCGCCCGCCAGCGCCCUCAACCGCGCUGUGCUGAACACGGCCCAGCAGCCCUUCAUCCCGCCGAGGCAGCAGCGGCGCCUGUCGUCGUCCAAGCCCUCGACACCGCCCGAUAACAAGAAGAAGCGCGUGGAUGAGCAGGAGCUCGGUGCGCGGAAGCUGCACAGCGCAGCGAAGAGGGCAGAGAAGCAGAGCAAGGCCAAAGAUGUGUCGACUGCCGCAGAGACGCCCGCGGUCGCAUUCAACCUUCCCUACGUACGGCCGACCGACCACCUGCACGAGCAUGAGGUGAAGCUGUCGUCCUUCUUCUCGCUCCACCGCCCCAUUUCCAUCCAACACUCGUGGCCCGAGCCCACGUCCACGGCCGAGUUCGACGCCCUGUUCGACAAUGUCGCCCAGCACAGCACCAGGUCGAUACAACGCACCAAGCGCACUCUCACCGAGUUCAUCGACCGCCUAACCGCAAAGGUUGACGCCGCCGAAGAGCAGGCCGCAGACGCACAACAGGCAUCCAUCGAGGUAUACCACCUCGACACGGCCAUGCCAACACAGGAGAGCGUCGAGAGCUGGGCAUCGCGUCUCCUUCCAUUCCGACCGCCGCCGCCACCAAACCCUUCCAAUGCGCUGGCUGCGGAGCCGGAGCUGUAUGCCCAGAACGCAGAGGAGAUGGCGGAUGCUAUCAACCAGCGCAUCACCGAAGUCAUGCUUCCCGAGAGACCGACGUUCAGGGAGCACGUCAGGAGACGGCGGGGAGGCAUGUUCUUGAUCAGUGUCAAGAGGCAGAGGAAGCUGAAGAUGAAGAAGCACAAGUACAAGAAACUGAUGAAGAGGACAAGGCUGUUGCGGAGGAAAUUGGAUAGGCUAUAA